AUGCAGUUCCUGGCAUUUAAGAAAUUUGCGGUCGCAACGCGCGAGAGCAACUACCGCCACCGUAGCGUGAGCAACAACGCCGCCAGAGCACCGCGCGGUAUCCAUUUGCGGAGCAGCGGCAACAACAACAACCAGAGCGCGGCUAUAACCACACCGCAGCGCGACAGUAGCAGCAACACCGCCAGAGCGCGGUCUUCACCACCACCGCGCGAUAUCCAUUUGCGGAGCAGCGGCAACAACAACAACCAGAGCGCGGCUAUACCCAUACCGCAGCGCGACAGUAGCAACAACACCGCCAGAGCGCGGUCUUCACCGCCACCGCGCGGUAUCCAUUUGCGGAGCAGCGGCAACAACAACAACCAGAGCGCGGCUAUAACCGCACCGCAGCGCGACAGUAGCAGCCACACCGCCAGAGCGCGGUCUUCACCGCCACCGCGCGGUAUCCAUUUGCUGAGCAGCGGCAACAACAACAACCAGAGCGCGGCUAUAACCGCACCGCAGCGCGACAGUAGCAACAGUACAGCCAGAGCGCGGUCUUCACCGCCACCGCGCGGUAUCCAUUUGCGGAUCAGCGGCAACAACAACAACCAGAGCGCGGUCUUCACCGCCGCAUCGCAGUAUCCAAGCGCGGCUAUAACCGCACCGCAGCGCGACAGUAGCAGCCACACCGCCAGAGCGCGGUCUUCACCGCCACCGCGCGGUAUCCAUUUGCUGAGCAGCGGCAACAACAACAACCAGAGCGCGGCUAUAACCGCACCGCAGCGCGACAGUAGCAACAGUACAGCCAGAGCGCGGUCUUCACCGCCACCGCGCGGUAUCCAUUUGCGGAUCAGCGGCAACAACAACAACCAGAGCGCGGCUAUAACCGCACCGCAGCGCGACAGUAGCAGCCACACCGCCAGAGCGCGGUCUUCACCGCCACCGCGCGGUAUCCAUUUGCUGAGCAGCGGCAACAACAACAACCAGAGCGCGGCUAUAACCGCACCGCAGCGCGACAGUAGCAACAGUACCGCCAAACAGCAGCAAGAGCAGCAGUACCACAGAGUAGCGACGACCAGCAGCCGCAGUAUCCAACAACAACAACAACAGCAACCGGGGUAA